UGCUCGAGCUCGGGGCUGGCAGUGCAACGUGCGGCGCACAUGCCGGCAGUGUGUGCCGCGCCGCGCCCGCGCCCGCCCGUCCUCGCGUCCUCACCAUGGCCCUUCUACACCUCUUCCUCGUCAUCCACCUGCUCAUGCUGGGCAGGACGGCCCUCGUCACCGACCACCCCUCCUUCACCAACAGACUCGAAAAACUCUUCGAGAAGCUCGAGAGCUUAACCGUUGCGCCGACUGAGACGCUGUCGGAAAAAAUCGCGGCAAAGUUGGAUAGGCUGAACUCGUUGAAUCCUCUGUCAGAGGAGACCCUGACUGAUGAGGAUGAAGAGCUGCUGUCGGCUAUGCAGCUGUGGGGGGUCAGCGCCGACCAGCUCGGGGGCAUCGCCAGGGAGCUGCACGAUGUGAGGAUGGAGAAUGAUGAAGUGAAAAGUGAGAAACUGGUGGAAGCUGACUACAGUGAUGACGGCUGGAAUAAUGAUGAUGAGCAACAAUACUACGCGGACGGCGAAGACUGGGACCUGGACGACGAUCUCGGGGACGCCAGCACCCCGCGCCCCCCCGCCCCCGCCCCCGGCACGCCGUCGUCCAUCAUCAGGCACGAGCACCGCGCCACCACCGUGGUGUCCGCUGUAGACCCCGUGGCCGCCACCAAUGAGCGGCCCAGGAUCUUGGAUGACACAUCCCUAACCCCGUCGGAGCUGUCCGCGCUGCGCCGCUCGGCCAUCGCCAACAUGCGCGGCGUGCUGCGCGCCGGCCGCUGCCUCACGCCGCAGCCGCGCUGGCUGUCCGUGCGCGCCCUCGCCCCCGCCGCCGACACCGUCUACAUGCCACUGUGCGUGCAGCUGCACCGCUGUGCCCCUGACUCGGGCUGCUGCUACAGCGAGGCCGAGGUGUGCGCGCCGGUCGAGGGGAAAUACGUCAUAUUGCCCUUCUAUCUGCACAAAGCGAACGGCAACACGAGCGUAGCUCGCAUGAUGUUCUACAACCACACGCGCUGCGCAUGCGUCGCUCGAGACACACUCGUGAAGAGGACGGAGCGAGUGGACGUGCGCCAGGUGCAGAGCGAGAUAGAAGAGCGGACCGAGGAGCCGAGGUUAGAGCAGGAUGAUGAGAUGACCGCGCCGCCGCUGUUGAGGAGAUGCACCUGUCCCGCUCUAUUCCUCGCGCGGAUGCAAGACAACGCGUGCUCCUGCGUCUGUGAUUGGCCGGACCAGAGUAAGAGGCGAGACUGUCUGUCCCUCUCUAGAGGCCGAGAACACUUCGGCCUACGCGACCGAGUGUGCAUAGCCAACGGCGACUGCACUCUUCCUAAUUGUGACUACGGGAUGUAUGCCAGGAGUAUUGGGAAGUGCCCCUAUAGGAGAGUCAGAAGGUUUAGGUCUAGAAGGUUCCAGGAUAAGCAUUUGUAAUGCGUUGUGGA